AUGAAAGACCUUGUGACCAAGAGGAAACAUGCUAGUUUUGAAAUGGUGGGAGUUACACAUCAUUGUAGCUCUAUUGUGACAAAAGCCUUGGUUCUAAAGAAGGAAUAUCCAGGAGCUUUCAUUAGUCCUUGCAGUAUUGGGAUGUAUAACUUUGUAAAAGCCUUAUGUGAUCUUGGAACAAGUAUCAACUUGAUACCGCUUGCUAUCUUUAACAAGUUGGGUUUGGGCACUCCCCAGCCCACAACAAUGAGGUUGCUAAUGGUGGAUAGAACUGUGAAGAAACUGUUGGGUAUCCUUUAUGAUGUGAUUGUGAGAGUUGAUCGGUUCAUUUUUCCGUCCGACUUUGUGAUUUUGGAUUGUGAAGUUGAUUUCGAGGUGUCCAUAAUCUUGGGAAGACCUUUCUUGGCUAUGGGACGUGCUCCUGUAGAUGUGGAGAGGGAUGACCUAAAAUUUAGAAUGAAUGACGAAGAAAUCACUUUCUAUAUUUGCAAGUCAAUGGAACAACCGGUGGAUAUGAGUGUUGUGUCGGUUAUUAACACAAUUGAUGAAGCCACGGAGACAACCGUUGAUCAUGAACAUUUGGGUGAGAUGUUAGCGGCUGUGAUAAUGAACUAUGAGGGGGAACGUGAAGAAGAAUUCGAGGAGACAGUUAAUGCAUUGAUUGGGUUGGGUUCAUACCAUUACAAUCCAAAGAAGUUUGAUCUUGAUUUAAAAAAACGAGAAACUCCUCCCACAAAGCCUUCCAUUAUUGAGCCUCCGUUGGAACUCAAACCUCUUCCUUCACAUUUGAGGUAUGAAUUUCUUGGUCCUAGCAACACAUUGCCCGUAAUUAUUUUCGCCCGGUUGAUGGAUAAGCAAAGAGAGAGGCUAUUGGUGACCUUGAGAAGAUACAAAAAAGCUAUUGGUUGGUGUAUUACGGAUAUCUAA